UAGCGUGGCUCUCUUAACAACGAAAGGCCCCAAAAUGUGUAAGAUAAAACCAGAAUUUCGAAAUUAAACAAAAGAGAGAGAGAGAGAGAGAGAAAGGGGCAUAAAUCUCAAGCUAAACCCCCGUCGAAAUUUGCCGACAGAGCACUGAUAACUGAGAAAUGGAAGCGAAGAUCGGAAAAUUUUUCGAAUCGGUUGGCUCCUUCUUCGGUGGUGCUGAUCAAAUCCCCUGGUGCGACGGCGACAUCAUUGUUGGCUGUGAGAGAGAAGUUGCAGAUGCUGCUAAGGGUGAUUCGGAGGAGCUGAAGAGUGAAAGCAUCAUGCGGCUUUCGUGGGCACUUGUUCACUCUAGGCAAGCUGAAGAUGUGCAGCGUGGGAUAGCAAUGCUUGAAGCGUCAUUGGCUAAUAGCAGCUCUCCAUUGCAGCACAGGGAGAAACUUUAUCUUCUGGCUGUUGGAUAUUAUAGAACUGGUGAAUACUCAAAGAGUCGACAACUUGUAGAGCAGUGUUUGGAGAUUGCACCGGAUUGGAGGCAAGCUCUUGCCCUGAAGAAGACAGUUGAGGAUCGUAUUGCUAAAGAUGGUGUUAUUGGAAUUGGCAUCACUGCUACUGCUGUGGGACUUAUUGCGGGUGGAAUUGCCGCUGCAUUGUCUCGCAAGAAAUGAUAAAACCAAAAUUCUGGCCAUGAGAUUGCGCGCCCCGAGUAUUUUGCAGAUUUUCCUGGAAAAAUAAGUGACAAAAGUAUAGUUGUAACAUCUCUUGGUUUUUAGAAUGUAUUGCUACAAGUGGUUUUGAUCCGGUUUGGCGUGCCUAGCUGAUAGAAACGAGAGUUUCGUUAAUAGAUAUGACAAAGACAGUAUUCUCUGCCCAUAAUGUAAAUGCCUUUUUUUUUUUGGUGUUUUGUGUGAUCAACUAGAGUAACUGUUAGCUUUUGCAGUUGCUGUCAUGGGGAAAGUGCAUGAAUUUGCUACCUGUGAAAAGGUAUACAGAUA